UCUCUCAGUUAUAGACCGGCAUUGGUCGCGGUAGUUUCUUUAUUUGGUGGCUAGCUGAAAUAUAACACAUCUAAAAUGAAAGCAGAAAAUGGAAGACUCUGGGGAAAACUACACGAUGGUAAAUUUGAAGUCCGCAGUGUCACUGAAUCCGAUCUUGAAGAGGCGCUUAAUAUUCUAGAUGACUCAUUCUUUCUUAAUGAAUCGGUAUGCGUUGCUUGUGAAAUCAAUUUACCCGAAAAUCAACAAGCCCGUCUGGAUCUGCGUGAAUUGUGCAGAAUAACCGCUCUGGAUGGUGUUUCCUUAUUGGUAAAAGAGGUGGAAACUGGUAACGUGGUCGCAGUGUCUUUUAAUAAAAUUCAGUUUGCACCACUUCCUGGCGAGGAUAAUUUCUUCCUAAAAUUUCGAAAUGAGGACGUUAAAAGUCCUCAAGCUAGACGUCUAAUGGACUUUAUGAUCGAAGUGGACGACAGAAUCGAUGUUUGCGCCAUAUACAAUAUGGAUUGCUUCUGUGAACUGAUGUUCUUGGCCACUUUGCCGAGCCACGAGCGAAUGGGUCUGGGGCGGUCCUUGUCCCAGUUUACGAUAGAACUUACUAAAGAGCUGGCUGAUGGAAAGGGCUUGGACGAUAUUGACGAAAAACUUCGAUCAAAACGACCAGCAGCAGUCACUGCACUGUGGACCUCAAGCUUCUCCCAGAAAGUGGGCAAAGCCACCAACUUUGAAGUACUCAAUGUUGUGUCCUAUUCAGAGUUUGAGUACAAUGGAAAACGCUUUGAUGAGCGAAUUAACCCUUUGCACAAAUUCUGCGAACACGUUAUCCAUAAAUUUUGAAACAUGGAAAAAAUAAAUAAAAUAAAGUUGAGCAAAAAUUUUA